AUGUUGUUGGAGCUGCAUGUUGCUGCCGACUCCUUUGUGGACGAAGAGCCUGCAAAGCAAGCUGCUGUUUGGUACGAAGAGCAAAAGCAGCUGCAAGCGAAUAUUCAAAAAGCUUUGGGACCCUGGGAGAUCGAUCCGCCGCUGACGGCCACGGGCCGCGGCGAGGCGCAGAGGGCGCGGCUGCCGAGCGCGACGGGGACGGUGUACGUGUCACCCUUUCGGCGCACCUUGGAGACGGCGGCGGAGUUGAAGUUGGGGGAUUGGGAAGUGCGGGUGCAUCCGGAGCUCUAUGAGGUGGGUGGAGUGUAUUUGGAGCGCGAAGGGCGGAGAGAAGGACCUGGAGAAUGUAUGAGUGCGCUGGAGAUUGAGAGAGAGGUUCCCAACUUUGACACCAGCGCUCUUCAAGGCGCCCGUGAUCGAGGCUGGUACCAAGGCACUUGGGAGAGCGACGCAGCGGCGCGCCAGCGCUGCGCGCGUCUGGUGCAAUGGCUGCGACAGCUUGGUGCGCCGGGUGCGUCGGGUGCGUCUGCGGCCUGGGUGGUGCUGGUGAUCCAUGGACAUUUGAUUGAUUUGCUCUUGAAAGCGCUUCUGGGGAUCCAAGAUGACCCCGCGGAAGACCAGGAGAAUGAGAAUGUCAUGCAGGGACGACGCGUUGUCUUCUUUACACCGAACUGUGCCACGGCGCAUGUGGGUCUUCGCCCAGAUGGAAGCGUGGCUGUGUAUCACAUUGGUCAAAGUGCCAAGCUCUAA